UUCGGAGAUCGUUUAUUUGUGUUUGUCAUCGGUUCUAUUCUACCACUCUUGUUUCGUUUGCACUUUCGUCUUAAAUAAUUAAAUUGUGCGCGUGUACUUGUAGAUUUGUAGAUUAAUUCGUUGUGUAAAUAGAAUGUGUUUAGUUUGUUAUUCUUUUUUCGAAUUCGAUGUGCUGUAACGUAAAAACGAUAGUGUGUUGGUUGAUGAUAUGGUUUUGUUUUAAUUAUUAGUUAAUGUUUUGACGAAUUUUUUUUUGAUUUUUUGUUGUUUCAAUCAAUUCGCGUUUUACCGGUAUCUAGUCUCAUUACAAUGGCGGAUGUCGAUUUGAAACCGGAUUUCACCGAUCCGGACUUGAAGUAUUUAUCCGUCGACAGAAACACAUUCAACGAUCCAGCCACUCAAGCCGAAUGGACUCAAAAACGAUUAGUAUGGGUGCCCCACGAUACGCAAGGAUUCGUAUCCGCCAGCAUCAAGGGAGACUUGAAAGACGAUUAUGUCGAAGUGGAAAUCGUGGAAACCGGCAAAAUGUCUAAAGUCCUCAAGGAUGAUAUUCAAAAAAUGAAUCCGCCCAAAUUUGAUAAAGUAGAAGAUAUGGCCGAGUUGACUUGUCUCAACGAAGCUUCAGUUUUGCAUAACAUAAAAGAUCGUUAUUAUUCCGGCCUCAUUUAUACGUAUUCCGGAUUGUUUUGCGUGGUUGUAAAUCCAUACAAAAGAUUACCCAUUUACACGGAAAAAAUCAUGGAAAGGUAUAAAGGCAUUAAAAGGCACGAAGUGCCUCCUCACGUCUUUGCCAUCACCGAUACCGCUUACCGUUCCAUGUUGCAAGAUCGCGAAGACCAAUCGAUUUUAUGUACAGGCGAAUCAGGCGCUGGUAAAACGGAAAAUACCAAAAAAGUUAUACAGUACUUGGCGUACGUAGCUGCUUCCAAACCGAAAAGCUCUUCAAUAGCUCCGCACGCGGCGUCAACUGCGCUAUUUAUUGGCGAAUUGGAACAGCAACUUUUACAAGCGAAUCCUAUUCUAGAGGCAUUUGGAAAUGCCAAAACCGUGAAAAACGACAAUUCUUCCAGAUUCGGUAAAUUUAUCAGAAUCAAUUUCGACGCUUCCGGCUACAUCGCUGGAGCGAACAUUGAAACGUAUUUAUUGGAAAAAUCCAGAGCGAUCAGACAAGCCACCGAUGAACGAACUUUCCACAUAUUUUACCAGUUAUUGGCCGGAGCAUCCGCCGAUCAAAGAAAAGAAUUCAUUUUGGAAGAUCCGAAAACGUACGAAUUCCUCAAGUACGGCCCGUUACCAGUUCCGGGAGUCGACGAUGCGGCCGAAUUUCAAUCCACCGUAAACGCGAUGAACAUCAUGGGCAUGACCAACGAAGACUAUUCGGCUCUGUUCCGAGUGGUUAGCGCGGUCAUGCUGUUCGGUAACAUGAAUUUCAAACAAGAACGAAACAGCGAUCAAGCGACGCUGCCUGAUAAUACGGUUGCCCAAAAAGUAGCUCAUCUGUUGGGACUGUCCGUCACCGAGAUGACCAAAGCUUUCCUUAAACCGAAAAUUAAAGUUGGCCGCGAUCACGUUACCAAAGCUCAAACCAAGGAGCAGGUUGAAUUCGCCGUCGAAGCGAUCGCAAAAGCUUGCUACGAACGUAUGUUCCGUUGGUUGGUGAACAGAAUCAAUCGUUCUUUAGAUCGCACCAAAAGACAAGGAGCCUCCUUUAUUGGAAUCUUGGAUAUGGCUGGAUUCGAAAUAUUCAACUUGAAUUCUUUCGAACAAUUAUGCAUCAAUUACACGAACGAAAAAUUGCAACAGUUGUUCAAUCAUACCAUGUUUAUACUCGAGCAAGAGGAAUACCAACGCGAAGGAAUCGAAUGGAAAUUCAUCGAUUUCGGCUUGGAUUUACAACCGACCAUCGACUUGAUCGAUAAGCCGAUGGGUGUGAUGGCUUUGUUGGAUGAAGAAUGUUGGUUCCCCAAAGCAACGGACAAGUCUUUCGUGGAAAAAUUGGUCGGCGCGCAUAGUCUUCAUCCGAAAUUCGUGAAAACCGACUUCAGAGGCGUAGCCGAUUUCGCUAUUAUUCACUACGCUGGAAAAGUCGACUAUUCGGCGGCGCAGUGGUUGAUGAAGAAUAUGGAUCCGUUGAACGAAAACGUGGUAUCUUUGCUGCAAGCGUCGCAAGAUCCGUUCGUCGUGCAUAUUUGGAAAGAUGCGGAAAUCGUCGGCAUGGCUCAACAAGCUCUCAGUGAUUCGACGUUCGGUUCCAGAACAAGAAAAGGAAUGUUCCGUACCGUUUCCCAGCUGUAUAAGGAACAACUCAACAAACUGAUGAUCACGUUGAGAAACACGAACCCAAAUUUCGUGCGAUGUAUCAUACCGAAUCACGCGAAAAAGGCCGGAAAUAUCGACGCGCCUUUAGUUCUAGAUCAGUUGAGAUGCAACGGUGUUCUGGAAGGUAUCCGUAUUUGUAGACAAGGUUUCCCCAAUAGAAUUCCGUUCCAGGAAUUCAGACAACGUUACGAACUCUUGACUCCGAACGCGAUUCCCAAAGGAUUUAUGGACGGUAAGAAAGCCUGCGAAAAGAUGAUUCAAUCGUUGGACUUGGACCACAAUUUGUACCGUGUCGGACAAUCGAAAAUUUUCUUCCGUGCUGGUGUGCUCGCCCACUUGGAAGAAGAGCGUGAUUACAAAAUCACCGACCUCAUAGUGAAUUUCCAAGCUUUCUGCCGAGGUUACUUGGCCAGAAGAAAUUACCAGAAAAGACUUCAGCAGCUGAACGCCAUUCGAGUAAUACAAAGAAACUGUUCGGCCUAUUUGAAACUGAGAAAUUGGCAAUGGUGGAGGCUGUAUACCAAGGUGAAACCUUUGCUGCAAGUGACCAAACAAGAAGAGAAAUUGAGCUUGAAAGAAGAAGAAUUGCGUGUAAUUAGAGAAAAGUUGGAUUCGCAAGUAAAGGUAGCCGAAGAGUUGGAGAAGAAACACAAAUCAAUCGUGGAAGAGAAAAAUAUCAUCGCCGAACAGUUGCAAGCCGAAAUAGAACUGUGCGCCGAAGCCGAAGAGAUGAGAAUCAGAGCUGUUACUCGCAAGCAAGAAUUGGAAGAAAUAUUGCACGAAUUAGAAGCCAGAAUCGAAGAGGAAGAAGAAAAAGUGACGUCGUUGCAACAAGAAAAGAAAAAGCUUCAACUUAAUAUUCAGGAUUUGGAAGAACAACUGGAAGAAGAAGAAGCGGCCAGACAAAAAUUACAGCUGGAAAAAGUUCAAUGCGACGCGAAAAUCAAAAAACUAGAAGAAGAUUUAGCUCUGACCGAAGACACCAACGUCAAACUGUCGAAAGAAAAGAAAGUUUUGGAAGACAGAGCCGCCGAUUUGGCUCAAGCUUUAGCCGAAGAAGAAGAGAAAGCCAAGCAUUUGACGAAAUUACGCGCCAAAUACGAAACUACUAUUGCCGAGUUGGAAGAAAAAGUACAUAAAGAUAAUCAACAACGACAGGAAAUGGAUCGCACAAAAAGAAAAGUAGAAACCGAAGUUAACGAUUUGAAAGAACAACUCAACGAAAGAAAGAUGCAGAUUGAAGAAAUGCAACUGCAACUUGGCAAAAGAGAAGAAGAAUUAACGCAGGCUCAGAUGAGGGUCGACGAAGAAGCUGCCGGAAAAGCGUCGAUUCAAAAAACGUUGAGAGAACUCGAGUCGCAAUACACCGAAUUGCAAGAAGAUUUAGAAGCCGAACGAAACGCCAGGGCUAAAGCUGAAAAACAAAAACGCGAUUUAAACGAAGAAUUGGAAGCUUUGAAGAACGAAUUGCUCGAUUCGCUGGAUACGACCGCUGCCAUGCAAGAAUUGCGUUCUAAACGCGAACAAGAAUUGGCCACGUUGAAAAAGACGUUAGAAGAAGAUACUCAAACGCACGAAGUAUUACUCACCGAAAUGAGACACAAGCAUAGUCAAGAAUUGGCUGAAAUCAACGAACAAUUGGAAUCGUUGAAAAAGUCGAAAGCGGCGCUAGAAAAAGCGAAACAAGGGUUAGAAGCUGAAAAUGCAGAUUUGGCUGUUGAACUGAAAACCGUGUCUUCCACUCGACAAGAAUGCGAACGAAGAAGAAAGCAAGCUGAAAAUGCAUUAGCCGAAAUUCAAGUCAAAUUGGCCGACUCGGAGAGAAUUAAAACCGAACUCGCGGACAGAGUUUCAAAGUUAACCAACGAAGGCGAAUCUAUAACCAAUCAGUUAGAACAAGCCGAAUUGAAAGCUUCGGCUGCUGUGAAAUCCGCUGCUACCAUGGAGACUCAGUUAUCAGAAACUCAGGCAUUAUUAGAAGAGGAAACUAAACAGAAAUUAGCGUUGAGUUCGCGUUUACGUCAAAUUGAAAGUGAAAAAGAAAGCCUUCAAGAAAGAUUGGAAGACGAAGAAGGACUGAAAAAGAACCUCGAGAAACAAAAUAUCGCUUUGUCAUUGCAAGUUAAUGAAAUGAAGAGACGAUCUGAAGACGAAGGCGAACAAGUUAUUCAGUUGGAAGAAGCUCGCAAAAAGUUGCUAAAGGAUAUUGAAACAUACCAAAGACAGAUCGAAGAAUUACAAGCGAAUAAUGACAAACUGGAUAAAUCGAAGAAAAAAUUACAAGCCGAGUUCGACGAUUUGAAUAUCGACUUGGAAGCUCAGCGUUCGAAAGUAAUGGAAUUAGAGAAGAAACAGCGUAACUUUGACAAAGUGUUGGCCGAAGAAAAAGCUGUAGCCGAGCAAAUAGCCAACGAAAGAGACACCGCCGAACGUGAAGCUCGUGAUAAAGAAACCAGGGUUCUGUCGCUGACUCGCGAGUUGGACGAUUUGAUGGAAAAAUACGAAGACCUGGAGCGUAGUAAAAAGCAGUUGCAGUCCGAACUGGACGAACUGAUGAAUAAUCAAGGAACAGCCGACAAAAACGUGCACGAAUUAGAGAAAGCUAAACGCAUACUCGAAUCGCAGCUUCAAGAACAAAAAUCCCAAAACGAAGAACUGGAAGAUGAAUUACAAAUGACGGAAGAUGCCAAAUUACGCUUAGAAGUCAAUAUGCAAGCUUUGAGAACGCAAUUCGAAAGAGAUCUACAGGCUAAAGAAGAUCAAGGCGAGGAGAAACGAAGAGGCUUGAUGAAGCAACUGCGCGACUUGGAAGCCGAACUGGAUGACGAACGUAAGCAGAGAACUGCCGCGUUGGCUGUGCGAAAGAAAUUAGAAGCCGAUUUGAAAGACAUGGAACAACAAUUGGAAAUCAAUAAUAAAUUAAAAGAAGACGCUUUGAAGCAAUUGAAAAAAUUACAAGCGCAAGCGAAAGAAGCAAUACGCGAAGCUGAAGAAGCUAGAGCCAGUAGAGACGAAUUAGCUUCCACUGCCAAAGAAAGCGAACGUAAAAUCAAAUCUUUGGAAGCCGAAUUAUUGCAAUUGGGCGAAGAUUUGGCCGCUUCGGAACGAGCUCGUCGAGCCGCCGAAAAUGAACGCGACGAGUUACAGGAGGAAAUCAGUAGCAGCGCGAACAAAGGAACGCUCAUGGUGGACGAAAAACGUCGUUUAGAGGCUCGAAUCGCUUCCCUGGAAGAGGAAUUGGAAGAAGAACAGAGUAAUUCGGAAAUGCUCAUCGAUAAAUCUAGAAAAGCGCAGUUAGCCAUCGAGCAGUUGACUACCGAUUUAGCCAGCGAACGAUCCACCACCCAGAAACUCGAAUCUAAUAGAAUGUUGCUCGAAAGGCAAAACAAAGAAUUGAAAACGAAACUAGCCGAAUUAGACACCACUCAAAGAACCAAAACUAAAGCUGUUAUCGCCACUCUGGAAUCGAAGAUCGUUAAUUUGGAAGAGCAACUCGAAGCCGAAGCCAAGGAAAGAUUGCUGCAACAAAAAGCCAACCGCAAACUGGAUAAGAAAUUGAAAGAUUAUAAUAAUCAGUUGGAAGAAGAAAGACGGCACGCAGAUCAGUACAAAGAUCAAGUUGAAAAAUACAAUAACCGAUUGAAGCAAUAUAAACGUCAAUUGGAUGAAGCGGAAGAAGAAAUCAGUCGCGAGAAGUCUCAAAAACGCAAAAAUCAAAGAGAACUGGAGGAUUUGAUGGAAGCUCACGAAAGUCUCAAUCGCGAAUACAAUAAUUUAAGGAACCGUUUAAGACGAGGUGGUGGAGGUGCUGCAAUUGGUUCGACGUCUACUCGCUUAUCGUCGACUAUUCGUGGCUCUGUUCCUACCGAUGACAAUGCCAGCGGAGCUUUGACCGAUGAGUCGUACGAUGGAACCGACGGCCGAUCUGAAACACCUUCGGAUAUGUGAUGAAAAAUCGUGUUGAAAUAUAUUUAUUUAUUUUAUUAAUACCAAUACCAAGUUGUUUUCCCUUCAAUUCCAACCAAUCAAAGUCGCCGGCUCAACGAAUUUGUGUAUAAUCAUGAUUUUUUUUUACCUUUUCUAAUGUUUUUUUUUUUAUUAUUUCAUCGUCGAAUAUUCAUCGAUUUUUCCCCUUUAAAUUCAACGUUUCGUGUUUAUUUUCUCUCGAAAUGAUGCUUAUAUUUUUUUACGUAAUGAAAACGAAAUUUAUUUAUUUUUUUUAUAUUUAUAUUCGCGUAUUGUAAUUAUUAAUUUUUAUAUCUCGUAUGUUUACCUAUAUACAUAUAUUAUUAUUUUAUAUUAUUAUUAUUAUUUUUUUUUUACUAAACUAAAGAAAUAAUUCAGUACUUACGACAUACAUUCCUAAAUUAAAGAAAAUGAAUAUGGUAGAUAGGAUUAAUAAAAUGUAAGUAAAAAAAUUCAUAUAAACGUAUUACGAUUUCAUUAUCGCUAAUUCGCCAAUCAUUAUUUAAUGUUAUCGUGUCUUUUUUUUCUUUUCUUUUUUUUUACGAAAAAAUGGUCUUUACUAAUAAUAUUUGUACUUUUAUACAAUAUGUAUUCAAUCAUGUUGGUUAUUUAAAUAAUUGUUUUAUGCGCUUUUUUUUUAUCUAGCUCUUUUAAGCCAGUGGCGUUGUAAGAAUUACAGCGGAUAUUUCCAUCAUUUUAUUCCUAAAUUUCAGUUACCUACCCUUUGUAUGUGUGUUUUUUUAAUUUAUAUACCUAUAAAUAUUAUAUAGAUAUUUUGUAUUUUUUUGUUUUCUAUUGCUAGCCAACAAAAAAUUUCGUAACCUUCAUUUUUAUUUACGUACUUAUUGUGUUACGACGAUGCAUUUAAACCUCGGCAAUUCUGCCUUCUUUGUUAACAAAAUGUUGUUUUUUUUUCUCCAACUUGUGGAAUUGUGAAUGAUGGAUUAAAUUUCUUCGGGGAAGUUUGAUCAACUCGAUGUAAAUUUUGAAAUAUUUAGUUAAUUUUGUUGUUUGAAAUGGUUUCGUGUCGUUUUUCUGCGCUAUACGUAUGGAAAAUGUGAAAGUUGGAUUUGAACUAAUAAUUAUUUAUUCGUUUAAAAUGUUUGUUGUGGUACUUUUUUUUUUUUACUUUUUGAAUUUUUUUUUCAUUUAUUAAUUAUUUGUAUCAGACGCCACUGACAAUAGUUUAAAAGUCACAUUACUAUUAACUAAAAAUAACUAAACAUUUGUAUUCGUUUUAACUUGUGAUUAUGAUUACAUCUUCGUGUAAAAAAGUUUAAUCAAAACAAUAUUGCAAUGUAAAAAGUAUAUAUUUUUCAGCGAU